AUGGCACCCAAGCUUCCACCAGCGAGAUUCGUGAGAUCGCUCCGGGUAACCGGUGCCACCGAAGGCAAGGUCGACUUUGAACUCGACAUUACCAAAGACCACACCAACCGUCUGAAGAUCAUCCACGGUGGAACCAUCGCCAGUAUGGUCGACCUUGGUGGUUCUCUGGCCGUAGCCUCGAAAGGACUUUACGCCACCGGUGUGUCGACGGAUCUCAACGUUACCUACCUUAGUAGCGGUGGGAAAGUCGGCGACAAGAUUUCCGGGACCGCUGUGUGUGACAAGAUGGGCAAGACUCUUGCCUACACCACCGUCACUUUCCGCAACCAAAAGGGCGAGCUCUGUGCCCGGGGUAGUCAUACAAAGUAUGUCGCCAACGCUUGGAAGUCCCAAAAUGGGACCGAGCUCUUCACGCCCCCGGAGGGAGCUGCGAUUGCCGAGGAUGAUGUGGAGUGA